AGUCUUUUAGGGGUGCACGACAUCUGCCGAGCAGAUACUACAACUCCCGACGUGAACCACGCCUUGUGUCGUGGUGACCCAAUCAGAUUUGACUCCAGCCCCAGUGGGCGGCAGUGUUGUGGGGGUAGGCGCUAACGUGCAGUAUGGCGGACGAUGGAGACAGAAGGAGUGGAGCAGCUGACACUAGCGGCGGGCCAGGGACUUCAGAGGAGGCUGAAUCAGGGCUCGGUCUAGGCGGCAUGUUGCUGAAUGUCAGUGUUUUAGUGUUGGUGCUGGCCCUCUGUUACGGGAUCUACCGGAGGUGGGGGAGGCGGGCCGGCUUGGAUGCGGCCCAAGCGAAGGAGGCCGCGUCUCUGCCCAAGAUGAAGAGACGAGAUUUUACUCUGGAGCAGCUGAGGGAAUACGAUGGUGUGCAGAACCCACGGAUCUUGAUGGCAGUGAAUAUGAAAGUCUUCGAUGUGACCAGCGGGAAGAGGUUUUAUGGGCGCGAUGGACCAUAUGGAAUCUUUGCUGGAAGAGAUGCGUCUAGGGGCCUGGCGACCUUCUGUUUGGAUAAAGAAGCCCUGCGGGACGAGUAUGACGACCUGUCUGAUCUCAAUGCUGUACAGAUGGAGAGUGUAAGAGAAUGGGAGAUGCAGUUUUUGGAAAAGUAUGAUUACGUGGGCCGGCUCCUUAAACCAGGGGACGAGCCGUCGGAGUACACGGACGAGGAGGACAUCAAGGAUCACGUGAGACACGACUGAACUGUUCGCUCAACCAAAGCCAGGGCCCAGAGAGCUGCACCCGCGCCACCCGGCCCGGACCGCGCCGGUUCUGUGACCUCUCUCGGCAGUGGAGCCACUUCCCAUCUGUACAGAUUAAAAAAACAACAACAACAGCAGCAAGGAUGUGUACUCCUUUUGGGGAUUUUAAUUAUUCAUCAUGUCUGGUUUGUGCUGCCAACAUUUGUUUUCUUUUUUUUUUUUGGUUGUUUUUGUGUUUUGUUUUGUUCUUCUCGUCACCGUUGUAAUGUCGGCGAAGGGUGGUCGUUUUGAUCUGGGGAACCGGGGGGUACGCGUCGGGGAGGGGUGCCAAGAAGGGGCAGUUUGUGCAUUUUCGUCGUUGCAACUUCACCGCCGAUCAGCUUCUUGCUUUCCUUCGUUCGCUUCUUAAGCAUUAUGGGUCUAGGUGAGCAGUGGGGAGUCCAAAGGGGAAAUAUGUCGUUGGUUUCUCUUUUUACCACUGUCUUCGUAGUUUUUGCACUACUAGAUUUUCAGUUUGUCAUCAUGUGAUUGUACAGUGGGGUUUAGUGGUCUUUGCCGUUGAACCGUGUCGAAUCACUAAAGCUGAAUCUCUGAUCGAAAAGGGAAGGUCACUGGUUUGGCUUCAUUUUAGAGGAGUGUCUAGCAAUUUGCCAGUGAAAUUUCACCAACUAUGUUUACAUGCCACAGAAGUCAGCUGUAAGUCUGUAUUCCCCAAAUGGUUAAUAUUAAUUGUGCCUUAUUUCAGUUGUUUUGUACUUAAACUUGAACUGUUUGAAAGACGAAAAAGAAGAUAAAAGGCUGCCCCAUUGAAGUUUUGUGGAAAAAAAUGUCACUUCCGAUCUAAAUCACAUCAGACUGAAGGCAUGCACUCGUUGGUCUAAGAAAACGACGACUAACAGUCCUUUCCUACGUCACAACCAUGUAUAUAGACUUUAAAAAGUAUAUUCAGUGUUACUGCCAUAUUUAUGUAGUUGACAAAAUCCAUAUACUACUGUGUUGUAAUGGCCAAAAGCCCCAUGCUUUAUUCUAUUUUUUUUGUGGAAGCUCUUUUAAAGUGUGGGGGGAUAUACAGUACAAGAAAUAACGUGCAAGCAAAGUGAUGGGUAGGUUAAAUGUGGGAGGGAAACCGCAGAACCUGUAAAUAUAUGUAUCAUUUUAUUAAAGCAUGUACACGAGAAGUGAGCUACGCUGAAUUCAGACUUCUUGUAGUGAUGUAGGGUGUGUGCGCGGCAGAGAAAAGAUGGACAUGUUCAUGCAUAAUAAACAAUUUGGUUAUAAACUGA